UGCUUAUCCACUAUCUGGCGUUUAUUAUUAAGCUUCUCUUUUUUUUUUUAAACGAUUGACCGAGCUACGUUUCGUGUUUAUUUGCAGAAUCCGGACGUUCUGACUUCCGGACUCCGCGCAUAAUAAUUUCUCGCCGAAGUCGCUCUGCGUUCGGCCAAAUAUCGGUUUCGAAUUCGAACUAGGGCAAUUCGAGGAGAGAUAAGUGGAAUUCCAUAAAUCGGAAGAAAACUAAGAUAAUGGAAGUUGAAAUUGAUGAAAGGUUUCUCCUUUGCUUAUUUUUUUUCUUCUUUUGAGCUCGGGGUGCUUAAUCGCAAACCUUCAUCUUCUCCGCAUUUUGUACUGGACAAAUAGGUAUAACAGCUCCACAGAUACGUCCAUUUUAGGUGUUUUGGUGCAUUAAUGUUCAUGAUGGUCGUAUCUUUUUGCUGAAAAUCAUUGACUCUGAACUUCCUGAACAAUGUCAAACAGCUCUAUAGUGGAAGCAUUCCUAGGCCUUUUUGAAUUAAAAGUUGGAAAGCCAUGAAAAAGUUUGGAACACUUGGACCCCGGUUUAUAUGCUAUAAAUGUUCUAAACUGUUAGAUCGUUGGAUAUAUUAUAGCAUUUUAUCUUCUUUUAUGGAAAUGCAAGUUUCGAGGUACUGAAGGGAUUCUUUAAUGCUGUAGUUUACUUUAGAAAUCAAAAGAGAGUAUGAGACUCAUAAUAAACUCUGUGAUUCCCAAUAUGAGACUCAUAAUAAGCGCUGUAAUCGGAGUUAUGCUUGGCUUUUUUAUUGGAAUAUCAUUCCCCACAGAGAGCAUAACUAAGGCAAUGCUUCAGUUUCCUUCUGGCAUUAUUUCUUACAUUGAAGACAACAAUUCCGGCAUCACAACCCUUGCCUUGCUGAACCGUGCUGGGACAUCUAUAACUAAAAACAAUUCAUUGUUGAAUUCAAAUGGCACUGCAAAGAUUUAUAUUCCUUCAAAUCCUAAAGGGGCAGAAAGACUAGCACCUGGGAUUCUCAGACCGGAAUCGGAUUUGUAUCUACGUCGAUUGUGGGGUGAUCCAAGUGAGGAUCUACAAAUACAGCAGAAGUACCUGGUAGCAUUUACAGUCGGUCAUGAUCAGAUGAAGAAUAUUGAUACCGCAGUGAAAAAGUUCUCUGAAAAUUUCACCAUAGUAUUGUUUCAUUAUGACGGACGGACUAGCGAAUGGGAUGAAUUUGAGUGGUCAAAACGGGCAAUUCAUGUAAGUGCACAGAGGCAAACUAAAUGGUGGUUUGCUAAACGCUUUUUGCACCCUGACAUAGUUGCCCCGUAUGAAUACAUUUUUAUCUGGGAUGAAGAUCUAGGAGUAGAGCAUUUUGAUGCUGAGGAGUACAUCAAGCUGGUGAGGAAAUACGGCUUGGAAAUUUCGCAACCUGGUUUGGAUCCAAACAGUGGGUUAGCAUGGCAAAUGACCAGAAGGAUGAGUGAUCGAGAAGUUCACAAGGAAACAGAGGAAAGGCCUGGUUGGUGCACUGAUCCCCACCUCCCUCCAUGUGCUGCAUUUGUUGAGAUAAUGGCACCUGUAUUCUCACGAGAUGCAUGGAGAUGCGUGUGGCAUAUGAUUCAGAAUGAUCUGGUUCAUGGAUGGGGUCUUGACCUUGCUCUCAGAAAAUGUGUGGAGCCUGCACAUGAGAAAAUUGGAGUUGUAGAUUCGCAAUGGAUUGUACAUCAAGUUGUUCCUUCGCUUGGUAAUCAGGGAAUGGCAGAAAAUGGCAACGCUCCAUGGGUUGGGGUAAGGAAGCGGUGCCGACAAGAGUGGGGAAUCUUCCAAGCUCGAUUAGCAGAUGCGGAGAAGGCUUAUUACAUAAAGAUGGGGAUUACUUCUCCAAAUAAUACACAUGCUUAGACUCUUGUUCUUUUAUAAUACACCUUGUGAUCUCACAAUAAGAUUUCAUUUGGGACAAUUUUUUUACUGCUUUUUAAAACAAUUUUUUAGUGCAAAAAUAUUGUGAAUUAAAAUUUUUUGCACUAGAAAGUCGUUUUAAAAAGCAGCAAAAAAGUUAUCCCAAAUGAAGCCUAAAAAUGACUAUAUACUGUUUCAACUGAGAUCACAAAAAAUUUUGCUAUCAUUCACCUCAGAUGAUAAACUGCAAAUUUUGUUAUUAUUGGAAGUUUAACUAUACAAGUGAGAUGUUAUUGGAUGAUAUCAUAAAUGUCUCUACCAUUAGAGGAUAAUUAUGCAUUA